UGUGAGCUCGGACUCGGACAGCUCGCAGGCCAGCGCCGCUCUGGGCGCGCAGCCCAUGCUCUGGCCGGCUUGGGUCUACUGCACGCGCUACUCUGACCGGCCUUCUUCAGGUCCCAGGUCCCGCAAACCAAAGAAGAAGAAUCCUAACAAAGAGGACAAGCGGCCUCGCACAGCCUUCACCGCUGAACAGCUGCAGAGGCUGAAGGCGGAGUUCCAGACCAACAGGUACCUGACAGAGCAGCGGCGCCAGAGCCUAGCACAGGAGCUCAGCCUCAACGAGUCCCAGAUCAAGAUCUGGUUCCAGAACAAGCGCGCCAAGAUCAAGAAGGCCACGGGCAACAAGAACACGCUGGCCGUGCACCUCAUGGCCCAAGGCCUGUACAACCACUCCACCACAGCAAAGGAGGGCAAGUCGGACAGCGAAUAGGAGUAGGGUGGGCAAGGCCUGUGGGCCAGCAAAAUAAUGCAAUAAUUUAAAAUCAUAAAGGGCCAGUGUAUAAAGAUUAUACCAGCAUUAAUCAUGAAAAUAUCGUGUAUUAGCUAUGGUUCUGCAAUAUUCUAUGUGUAUAUAACUUACAGGUGUUGUAAAAUCCAAAAUAUCGGACUACAAAAUAUUUUUUUGCUUUUUUUGUGUUUAUGAGAUUAUGCUAAUUUUAUGAUUUUUUUUUUUUUUUGCAAAAGGGGCUGCUUAGGGUUUCAUCUUUUUUAGUCCUCUAAGCUCCGUUAUGGGACAUCGGACAUUUAUUAUUAUUAUUAUUAUUUCAAAAGAAGAAAAAAUUAAAACAACUUGCUAAAGUCCAAAGAUUUUUAUUGCUGCAUCUCACACAACUGUGAACAGGAUAAACAGCUCCUAUUUGGUCUAUGAGUUUUGCCACUUUGUUUAUGUUGGCUUGGACAGGACAGCAGAGACCCAAAUCCAGAUCCUGGGGCCUGGGCCUUCAGGAGCUGGUGGGCCCUGGCAGAAAUAGGGGACUCAAGGGCCUUUGGCUGAGUUCCCCGUCUCAGUCUGGGAAGCUGCCUCUCAGUGAUACCAGGGCUGGUCUUGGGAAGCCGGCCUCCUGCUGCCCUCCGCCCAGUUCUGCAGCCUCCCCAGCCCCUCUCCUCUCAGUCCACCUCCUGCUGUCCCACUCUUCAGCCUCCUCUAGGCCUGGUCCAUACUUCCCUAUGUACUUCUCUAUGUCUGUACUGCUGUGCCCUGUUCUGUGAUGACCUACCAGCGCAAGCUCUUCUGCAGAGGCACUGGAGUGAGGGCCUAGGGUGUGUAGCCCAGGAUUGGGGCAUCCCUUCUCCAGGACCCAGCUAGCCAGUCCAGAAACCCAACAAUGUCUUUGCCAAAGGAUGGGCAGAAGGAGUUGGCAUUGUGUUCCUUUCCUUUUCCUUUUUCCUUUCAUUUUUUUCUAGAUUGGCCACUUUUUCUGUUCUUCUCAGAUAAAUAUAUGUGUGUGUACAUAUUUGUGUAAGCAUAUACACACACAUGCCAGGAGUGCAUCAGGCCACAGUUGUGGAACCUGUGGCUACCUUGACUCUCAAAAUCAGACCCCUUUGGUAUCUAUCUAGAAAGAAGAAAAGGUGUAAAAAAUUAUUUCUUAUC